AGCCGCGGCAGAGAGUGGGAGCAGGGCCGGAGCCGGAGCGGCGGCAGGAGAGAGCAGGGAUGGAGGCCCCGGGGAUGGCGGCCGACCCGCACCUGCAGCAGUUCAUCGAGGUGGAGAGUCAGAAACACAAGUUCCAGCAGAUGAUGCACAGACUGACCGAGCUGUGCUGAGACAAACCAGGCCCUCGUCUAGACAGCAAGACGGAGACCUGUCUGGUCAACUGUGUGGAGCGCUUCAUCGACACCAGCCAGUUCAUCCUCAACUGCCUGGAGCAUACCCAGAAGAGCAAGUUGCCUUCAAAGAGCUUGAGCGACUGAUGACCGGCCGGCCGGCCAGCCACAGGGAUGUAGAGGCACAGCUGGCAAGGCCAGAUGUUGGCACUGCCCGCUGGCACGGAGCGGGGCAGGCAGUGGCGAGACAGAUGUGGUAGCAGCUGCCGGAGCUCUGCCAUGGACUGGGCAGCAAGAACCAUUACACUUACACAUGCGUAAUGGGGACAUGACUGGACAAGUGUCCUGGCGUUCAGCAUGUGGACCUUGUGUAUAAAAUCGUGCACAGAUCAUGUCAAUG